ACACCAACUUUAUACGAUCCCCUUGGGAAAUUACAAAACGACAAUGAUAACAAUUUUUAAUAUAUAAAUAUAAAUGUGUUCUUUAUUUCCAAUUCAAUCAACUGUGGGGAAAAACUAAGAACUUGCGCUCGGUCGCUUUACCGUCAGUUUUCGAUUGGUUUUCAUCCCAAAAGUUAACCGGUUACAGUAUACUUGGUUUUAAGUAACUUGACCACAGUUUUUCUCCCGGUCGCGGCUUCAGUGGAUCCAAUGAGGUGACGCCGCGUUCCGGGCCCGACAACUGAGAACAAGCCGGUGAUAAGAGGAACCAAAACUACCGAGUGUGACAACAAAGAACCUCCGAAUAAAGAUACCAACUGAGAAACUAACCUCAGAACCCGCCUGGAAAAGCACACACAUGAUGGAGGGUAGAAAGCUGGUGCCGGCUGCUCUCUUCUGUCUUGUUCUGGCAACAUUUCCUUCUCACAUAGUGACCGUGGCUGUCAUGUCAGUUGACCUGGGCAGCGAGUGGAUGAAAAUAGCAAUAGUUAAACCUGGCGUGCCAAUGGAGAUUGUUCUAAACAAGGAGUCGAGGAGGAAAACACCCACAGUUGUAUGUCUCAAGGAGAACGAGAGACUUUUUGGAGACAGUGCAAUGGGAGUAUCUGUCAAGAACCCCAAAAGUGUUUAUAGACAUCUCCAAAGCCUCCUGGGUAAAAAGCAUGAGAACCUCCAGGUGGCACUCUACCAGAAACGUUUUCCUGAACACCAUCUGCAGGAGGACCCAGUGAGAGGCACUGUCCACUUUAAAAACUCAGAAGAAAUGCAGUACACACCAGAGGAGCUCUUGGGUAUGGUCCUUAAUUACUCUCGUGGACUGGCUCAGGACUUUGCAGAACAGACAAUCAAAGAUGCAGUGAUCACUGUCCCAGCCUUUUUCAACCAGGCAGAGCGCAGGGCAGUCCUGCAUGCUGCACACAUUGCAGGUCUAAAGGUCCUUCAGCUCAUCAAUGACAACACGGCCGUGGCUUUGAACUAUGGGGUCUUCAGGAGGAAAGAUAUUGACAGCACAGCUAAGCAUGUGAUGUUUUAUGAUAUGGGCUCUGGCAGCACCACUGCCACAAUCGUUACCUAUCAGACUGUCAAAACCAAGGAGUCCGGGACUCAGCCCCAGUUACAGAUCCGAGGUGUUGGGUUUGAUCGGGGCUUGGGGGGCUUUGAGAUGGACCUGCGACUUCGUGACCACCUGGCCAGACUGUUCAAUGAGCAGAAGAAGAGCAAGAAAGAUGUGCGGGAAAAUCAUCGGGCUAUGGCCAAGCUUCUCAAAGAGGCUCAGAGGCUCAAGACUGUGCUGAGUGCAAAUGUAGACUUCAUGGCCCAGGUGGAAGGUUUGAUGGAUGACAUUGACUUCAAAGCUAAGGUGACCAGGAGUGACUUUGAAGAACUGUGUGCUGAUCUGUUUGAAAGAGUGCCUCAGCCCGUGCAGGAUGCCCUGACUGCUGCAGAGAUGAAACUGGAGGAUAUUGAGCAGGUGAUUUUAGUAGGAGGCUCCACUCGUGUGCCAAAGGUUCAGGAAGUGCUCCUUAAAGCUGUGGGCAAAGAGGAACUGGGGAAGAACAUCAAUGCAGAUGAGGCAGCAGCCAUGGGUGCAGUGUACCAGGCCGCUGCUCUGAGCAAGGCUUUUAAGGUCAAACCUUUCUUGGUUCGAGAUGCAGCUGUUUUCCCCAUUCAGGUGGAGUUUACCCGGGAGGUUGAGGAGGAGGAAGGUGUCAAAACCUUGAAACAUAACAAACGCAUCCUGUUCCAGAGGAUGGCAACCUACCCCCAGCGCAAGGUCAUUACAUUCAACCGUUACAACGAUGACUUUGUUUUCAACAUCAACUACGGUGACCUCAGCUUCCUCAGUCAGGAAGACCUCAGGGUGUUCGGCUCUCUGAACCUGACCACAGUCAAGCUGUCUGGAGUGGGGAGUAGUUUUCAGAAGCAUGCAGAUGCAGAGUCGAAAGGAAUCAAAGCCCACUUCAACAUGGAUGAAAGUGGGGUGCUUCUGCUAGACCGGGUGGAGUCUGUCUUUGAGACCGUGGUAGAGGAGAAAGAGGAGGAAUCAACAUUAACUAAACUCGGUAACACCAUUUCCACUUUGUUUGGAGGAGGAUCGUCAGAACCUGCUCCAAAUGUAACUGAACCUGUUCAGGACGAGGAGGAAGUACCUCCAGAAUCUGGGAAGGACAGCAAGGAUGAGGACGGCAAGGAUGAGAAUCACAAAGACAAGGCUACCAACGAGAAACCCAAUGAUUCAGAGAAAAAUUCAAGCGAAGACAAAAACCAAGAAAAAGCCAAAGAGGCAGGAAGCACAGCUGAGGCCAAGGAGGAAAAAGACGGAGACAAAUCUGUAAACACUGAGGUGGAGAAGAAGGCCAGACCUCAGAAAAAGAGCAAAAUCUCUGAAGAAAUCACACUGGAACUCCUUAUCAAUGACAUCGUUGACCCCACGGCCGAUGACCUGACAUCCUCUAAGAAAAAACUGCAGGAUUUGACAGACCGAGAUCUGGCCAAACAGGAACGAGAGAAAACACUCAACAGCUUGGAAGCUUUUAUAUUUGAGACACAGGACAAGCUGUACCAGGAGGAUUACCAGCAGGUGGUAACCGAGGAGGAGCAGGAACAGAUCUCAGCCAAGCUGAAAGAGGUGUCUGAGUGGAUGGAUGAGGAUGGCUAUGCUGCCACCACCAAACAGCUGAGAGAAAAACUCUUUCAGCUGAAGAGCCUGUGCAAGGACAUGUUUUUCAGGGUGGAGGAACGACGCAAGUGGCCGGAGCACCUGGCCCGCCUGGAAAGCCUGCUCAAUAGCUCCAGUUUCUUCUUAAAGAGUGCGAGGCUGAUCCCAGAAGAUGAUCAGAUCUUUACUGACGUCGAGCUAAACAUGCUAGAAAAAGUCAUCAACGAAACAAUGAUGUGGAAGAACGAGACGACAGCAGAGCAGGAAAAACGCUCUCCAAAAGAGCGACCGGUCUUGUUGUCCAAAGACAUCGAGUCCAAACGGACUCUUCUUGAGCGAGAGGUCAACUACUUGUUUAACAAGGCCAAGUUUGCCAAGCCUAAACCCAAAGCCAAAAACGGUACAAGCACAGAUAAAAGCAGCAAGGCUAACAGCACAGCUGAAGAAAAUGUCAGCCCUCCUAUAGAGGAAAGCACAGACACAAAGAGUGAUACAGAAAGUUCAGAGGAGAAACCAUCUGAUGAAACCCCAUCCACUGAGAGUACUCUCGACAGCCAAUCACAACCUAAAGAAGAAACCGCAACUACAGGAAAACUGGAGAGAACCCAACCUGAAAACCACAUAGAGGAUGAAUUAUAACAGCUGGAACUGUAGAAGGAAAAGAUAUUUAUUGACAGUGUCUAAAUGUUCAGCUUCUCUCUCAGACUUUUUUUUUUUUUUGUCUCGUUGACUCAUUUGUUGAACCUCUGGACACACGGUGAAUAGGAACUGGACAUUUUUCUGCUCCUUGUCUCCACUUGAGUGUUUCAUCUUCAUGGAUUCUAUGAACGAGAAGUAGUUUCACAUAAAUCAAGCCCCAGACUGCAUUCUUCCUGAGAAAAAUGGCUUUUCAUAUCCACCACCAUUAUCUUAUCAAUCCUAAUCCAGAGGGAGCUGUUUGGCUAGUUUUACAACAUCUUUAAUAACAAUAUUUGACGUUUUAAGUUGGUGGAUAUACAUACCAAGUUAGUGCAGCACUUAACAGUUUUGGUCACAGUCACAGUGGAUACAGUGUUCUUGUUUUUGCACCAACCCAUAAUUCCUUUGGCCCUAUAAAUUGCUGUUAAAAGUGUCAUCUAGUAUAUUAAGCAUAUGUAAAACUAUAAGAAUGAAAAACGUGUUAAUUUAUUGAAACUUUAACUACACAUAAUGUAGAGGAAGCGCCAAUGUUUUUCAGCUAAAAUUCUGAAUCCAAUGUUACCAGAAACAUCCAGUGUAAUGUUCAGAGGGUGAGACCCUGCCCUCCAGGGACAACGCUCUUAUAUUUUUUAAAAAACAUUUUUCCUAACAUUCUGCAACUCAAUGGACAUUUUAUUUAUUGGUAAAUGUUCCAACAUUAACAUGUUAUCCACCAGCAGCACUUACAGACAUUCACAUGGUAGUGUCCUUUAUGUGGCCCUUAGUUUUGAUAGUGGACUGCCCCCAUGUGUGCAGACAAAACAAGAUAAAUACUGAGCUCCCAAAUGGUGAUGAUUUAACAGUUCAACAGUGUGUUCACACAUCUGCCUCCUGCUGUCGUGAUAUGGCUGGAUUUCAAAGACGUUUUCUACUGAUGCUAAUAAAGCUUUUGACAAGUGCUUGAAUGUUGUUUCAUGAUGCCAGUCACACUGAGUGCUUUCAGAGUCUUCAUAUAAGCUGCUAGUAGAAGUGUUUAGUUUUUUUGUUUACUGGGACAUAACAGUGUGGUACACAUGUUUGCACCACUUUUCCUGUUAGAACACGGGGGUAAGGGGUUUGGGUCUGCUAUAUCCUUCUCUGUACUCUGAAUGAUGCAAAAGAAAUCAGGGUGGAACCAAGAAUAAAAUUUGGAAUGGGAGAUGGAAACGAUUCCUGUAUUCCUAAACUGUUAAUAAAAAAUAUUUUUGUUUGUAAUUUUAA